AAGCUUGUCAUUACAGGCUGCCAACUUAAUCACAUCAUAAUUGUUAUUUGUUAUUAACAGUUGUUUUUUAAUAUAUUGUCUAUAAUAAAUAACACCCUGUUUAAUGUUGUCAUCAAAAAUUAAAUGAUUAUUCAUAUUAAAUGACUAAUUGCCUUGACUAAUUUUUUUUUUUUUAAAUAAAUAAAUCAAGACUGACCGGUGACUUGUUUAGUGACAGCUGUGAUAAGUGACACUGACAAGAAGCUCUUUAAAUAUUUAUAAACAAUCAAGUAUUUUGUGUUAAUAAAUUAAAUAAAAAAUUCAAAAUUAAUUAUUUUAAUUUACUGUUAUUAUUAAAAGUCCAAAAAAAGUCUUAAUUUUAUUAUUAAUUAAAUAUAUUUCUAGUAAUAUAAAAAACACAUAAAGAAUUCAUCAACAAAUAUUUUUAUUUAUAAUUUUUCCUUAUCAAAACAAAGAAAGUAAAUGGUGAAAGUUAAUAACAAGCUUCCUGUUAUUUUUUCUUCCUACAUAUGUACAUUAAAUUAAGUUAAUAAAUUAAUAAUUAAUCAUUAAUAUUGUUGAUAAAUUGACCGGAUAAAUUAAUCAAGUUAACACUAUCAAUUUUUGUCAAUUUGUGUCGUGUUGUUGAUUAAACAUGAUAUGAUAAUUUAGCUGGUAUACUAUUAACACAAAUACGUUAAUAAAAAGAACAACUUUUUUUUAUAUUUAAAUAGUAAAUAAUGUUUGUCAGAGAUCCAUGUGGAAUAAUUUGUAUUAUUGUAACUUAUUUUGCUUUAUUUUAUGCUGAUUAUGUUGUCAUGCGAUGGAUCAUUCUGCACACAAUGCAAGACAGUUUAUGGGGUCCAUUUCAUGUUGUUUUAUUUAACACACUUGUAUUGCUAUUGAUGAUGUCACAUAUGAAAGCAAUAUGUAGUGAUCCUGGUGUUGUACCACUUCCCCAAACGAGAAUGGACUUUUCAGAUAUACAUUCAGCUGGUUCUGGUGGUAGUGAUGAUUGUGAAGAACGUGAUGAUUGGAGUGUUUGUACAAGAUGUGAAACUUACAGACCACCUAGAGCACAUCAUUGUAGAAUAUGUGAAAGAUGUAUCAGAAGAAUGGAUCAUCAUUGUCCAUGGAUCAACAAUUGUGUUGGUGAAAGAAAUCAAAAAUAUUUUAUGCAAUUUUUGGUUUACGUUGGUGUACUUGCACUUUAUGCAGUUGCUCUGGUGAUUAUUUCAUGGAUGGGUGAAUGUCCAGAGUGUAGUAAAGAUAUUCCAACAAAACAAAGUCGAAUAUUACACUCGGUUAUUCUUGUACUUGAAUCAGCACUAUUUGGAAUGUUUGUCAUUGCAAUAUUGAUUGAUCAAUUUCAAGCAAUUCUAAGUGAUGAAACAGCAAUUGAACGUUUACAAGGUGGACAUAGUCAUCAUUAUCAUCAAAAAUCAAGACGUACAUUGACAUUACUAUCUCAAGUUUGUGGAAAAGGACAUCCAAUAUUUUGGCUAUUACCUUGUCAUAAUCCACCAAGGUAUUCAUUUAGAAGAGAUGAUCGUCUUAUUCACCAUGAGGUAUAAUAAUUCUCAACACAAUAAACAAAAAAAUAAGUAUUCUGAUAACUGCACAUACAGACAAUUGUUAGAAAAUAAUGAAAAACCAAACAAAUCCUUCCAUCAAUUGUCAAUCAAUGCUAUUUUUGAUGUUCUUUGACUGAAAUGUAUUUGCAAUGGCCUUGUCAAGAUUUAUUUUAUAAUCAUUUUUAUUUUAUUUUUAAUCUAGUUGUAGUUGAGUUUAUACGUAAUAUUUUUAUUGGUAUAUGUGGUCCAUUAAGAAUAAUAUUAACUUUUCUAUUCUAAUAAGUUAUUUAUCAUUUUUUUUCAAUCUUAAAAAAUAAUUUAAUAAUAUUAUUUACAAAGCCUCCAAUCUAGUCUAUAUUUAGUUAUCAUAAAAUGGACUAAAUACAACUAUUUUUAUUUCAAAAAAUUAUAAAAUUAUAAUUUUAAAAUUCAACUGGUAAAUCGUGCAAUAAAGUGACUUAUCUGAUUGAUCAA